AUGAACAUGCUCAAGGCAGUAACUUUGCCUCCUGCCUGCGACUCCUUUGCAACAGUCUGUUCAGGCAAAAGCUGCCUUGUACCUCCCAGUAACUUCAAUGAAGUGCUGGGCCUGGCGUUGAGCGUAGUGCUCACCGUAAUGCUGGGUAUGGUCAUGUUCUCCAUGGGCUGCACUGUGGAUGCCAACAAGUUGUGGGGCCACAUCAAGAGGCCCUGGGGCAUUGUAAUCGGCUUCCUCUGCCAGUUUGGCAUCAUGCCUUUCACAGCCUUUGCCUUGUCACUGGCCUUCGGCGUUCUACCUGUGCAGGCUGUCGUCAUCAUCAUUAUGGGCUGCUGUCCUGGAGGCUCCGGCUCCAACAUCAUCUGCUACUGGUUGGAUGGAGACAUGGACCUCAGUAUCAGUAUGACUGCUUGUUCCUCUAUCCUGGCCUUGGGGAUGAUGCCUCUGUGUCUACUCAUUUACACCUCCGUCUGGACAUCCAGCGACAGCAUCCAGAUCCCAUACGACAGUAUUGGUAUCACUCUAGUGGCCCUCCUUGUCCCAAUUGCCCUGGGAAUGUAUUUAAAACGCAGGAAGCCCGAAUUGGCAAAAAAGAUCCUCAGGGUGGGUUCCAUUGCAGGGUUUGGUCUCAUUCUUAUAGUAGCUGUGGUUGGAGGAAUUCUCUACCAGUCUUCUUGGGACAUUGCUCCCUCCCUCUGGAUCAUCGGCACAAUCUACCCUUUUAUUGGUUUCGGCCUGGGGUUCACACUGGCCCGCAUUGCGGGUCAACCCUGGUACAGAUGUCGAACCAUUGCGUUGGAGACGGGUUUCCAGAACUCACAGCUGUGCAGCACCAUUGUGCAGCUGUCCUUCAGCCCUGCUGAACUGGAAGUCAUGUUUUCGUUCCCCCUCAUCUAUAGCAUCUUCCAGCUGGUGGUGGCAGUCUUAACUGUAUCAGCCUAUCGGCUAUAUAAAAGGUCAUGUGGCAAAGGCCCUGCUGAUUCAGACAAUGAGGCUCCAUCACUGGAGGAUGGAGGUGUUGAACGAGUAAAAGAGAAGAGAUACCCUGUGGAAAACGGUGCCUUCGAGUUCGAUGCGAACGGCAACAGCAUGGAGAAGAGUAAGGACAUCGACAAGAACACCAAGCUGUGA